CUUUAAAAUCAUGAAGAGAAAACGAGCCCAAGAUAGCAAUGCUCAGCUGAAAAGGUCGACUGAACAGAAGGCAAAAAAACUCAAACGCAAGAAUAAGAACCAACCAAAGUUCCAAUGCUCUCACUGUGGUUAUUCAACCAGAUCUGUCGAUCAUAUGAACAGCCAUGUCAAAAACUUUCAUUUAUUAAUUGCUGGUUUUACUUGUGACUAUAAACAAUGCAAACAUCAAACUGUUUCUAAGGAAUUGUUGCGACAACAUCGGGAAACUGCUCAUAACCUUAAAUUCAAACCUGCAGCAUGCAAGUUAAAUUGUGAUUUGUGUGAGUUUUCUUGCGCCACAUCAGUGAGAAUGAAGAGUCACCUAAGUUUGUAUCAUGAACAAAACAAACCAUGGGUGUGUUCUGUGUGUAACAUGGCGUUUGAAUAUGAAGUGGAGUACAAGAAACAUUUCAGCCAAAAACACGGAGAAAUGUCAAAAGUUUGUGGGAUUUGUGGUUUCAGAUCUACAGGGAGCGAGGUUAAAGUUCAUAUUAUUAAUUCUCAUCUGAGAUCUUUCUUUGAUAAAAAGGAAGGUGAAAGUAAAACACACAGUUGAUUGGGUGUGGUGUUUCAUUGAAAGUCUUCUCUGCUUUCCUUGCAUAAUCAGACCCAUGUAGUAUCAGUGCAGACUUGGAUCUUUUUGAAGUAUUUUCAGGAACAAUAUUAUAAAUUAAUUGUACAGUUUUAUGCAUGUAUUUGUUACACAUGUGCUUUACACAUGUGUUUGUUGCCCAUGUGUAAACCUGCAAACAAGGUAGAUUUUGUCACACAAGUAACACUGACCUGCACCUACAUCCAACAGGGUUGCAAACAGGGGAACAACCUAAGUGUUGUAACUUGUUUUUGUACUUAAGAAGCAAACCCCACACUGCAAAUUGACAGUUGCUUGUAUUAAGCAAUCGGAUACCUUUAAUGAAGUUAUUUUAGUUUAACCUAGAUGGUGUGUUGGAUAGCUGGUAAUGUUUCAUUGUGAAGUUCGUAUCCAUUUACUAUUUUGUUUAUUUUAUUUUUCACGUUUUUAUUUCUUUGGAAAUACCUGUUUUUGAAAAUAUUUUUAUUUCUUUGGAGAAGCUGUUUUCGAAAUAUUAAAGUUAACAUUAAGAAUAUAAAAGUCGUUAGUUGCAAAGGGAGCUUUGAAUAAAUUACAAACAGGA